AUGGUCGAGAACAAAGCCAUCGUCUUCAAGUCCUGCCCCCACGGGUACCCCAACUCCGACAACCUCCGCCUCGAGACCCUCUCUGUCGACCUCGACGCCGUCCCCGCCGGCGGCGUGAUCCUCAAGAACGGAGUCGUCUCCUUCGACCCGUACCUGCGCGGCCGCAUGCGCCCCGCCGAGAUCAAUUCCUACUCCCCGGCCUUCACCCUCAACUCCCCGAUCGACAGCGCCGGCGUCUCAAAGGUCGUCAAGUCAGACUCCCCGGACUUCAAGGAGGGCGACAUCGUCACUGGCCAUGUCGGGAUGGAGGAGUACACCGUUGUGCCGAAGGAGAGGCUCGGCGGUCUGAGGGUCCUCGAUAAUAAGGAGGGAUUCCCGCUCAGCUACUUCUUGGGUAUCUUGGGUAUGCCCGGAUUGACCGCCUAG